UUAUUAUAUUAGGCAUUAGCUCAAGUCAAUAAGUAUUCAAACUCAUACCAAUGACUUGGUAAAUACAAAGAUAAAAGACUUUCCUGGAAAUUAUAGCCAAUUGAAUGCUUAGAAGUCAAGCACUCUGGCCCAGAAAUUACUUGGCAGAAAUACUGGAAAACAAUAAGCUAGAGCCAAUUGUUUCAUUAUAAGCUUAUAUUAAUCUGCUGACCAAUUAGUAUGAAUCUUUUGCUUUUGUUGUAAACUUGUAAUUGAUGAUGGUUGUUCAUUGUUCAAGAACUGAAAACCAAAAUAUGUUUCGUUUUCCAGUACUGUUUUUGCUUUGUUCUGUCAUCAUCUCUCUCUUUUGUGAUCUUGCUUAUGCUGACCCUCCAUAUAAGCUAUGCUCAAACACUUCCUACUAUUCAGAUAAUAGUACGUUUCAGACAAACCUCAACACUCUGCUCAAUUCAUUACCUUCCAAUGCUUCUGUUUCCAAGUUGUACAAUACAUCCUUUGGAAAUGAGCCAGAUAAAGUCUUUGCUCUCUACAUGUGCCUCGACUAUCUUGAUCCCGGUUCCUGUCAUGAUUGCAUAAACAUGGCGCAACAAGACAUUGCAAACAUAUGUCCUUACUCCAAAGAAGCGGUUGUAUGGGAGGAGAACUGUCAACUGCGCUACUCCAAUCAGAAUUUCUUUGGCAGAUUGAAUGUAGAUGACAACAUCCCCUUAGAUAACAAGAAGAAUAUUUCAGUUCCUGAAAAAUUCGAGACAGUUGUGAACAAGACGCUGAGUAACCUCGCUGAGCAGGCGGCUUUUAAUCAUUCACUGAACAUGUAUGCCACUGGUGAAGUACCCUUUCAACAUAAAAUGGUAUAUGCUCUUGUGCAGUGCACUACAGACUUAUCUGGGGAAGACUGUGAUAUAUGCCUUGUGAGAGCUAUAGAAGAUGUUUUAAGAGCGUUCUAUUUCUCCAUCGGUGCGAGACUUCUCAGUCGUAGUUGUUAUCUGAGGUAUGAGUUUUAUCCCUUCUAUGACGGGGCAACGUCUGAAGCUUCUACUGCUAAUAACAAAGGAGGGAGGAAAAUAUGGUUGAUCACAAUCCUUACAAUUGUGUCAGCAUGCCUGGGGGUACUACUUGUAGUCUCCUGUGUCUGUCUUGCAAUGAGAAAAUCGAAGAAAAAAGGGAAUAGAGAAAUUUUAGGACAGCAUGAUUUGUUCCAUAAACAAAAUGACACAAAAGCUCAGGAGUACCCCUAUUUUAGUUUGGCUUCUAUACAUGCAGCUACUAACAAAUUCUCUGAUUCAAAUAAGCUUGGGGAAGGUGGUUUUGGCCCAGUUUACAAGGGUGUACUGAGGGAUGGAAAGGAAGUGGCAAUCAAGAGGCUUUCAUGCUAUUCCGAGCAAGGUUUGGAGGAAUUCACAAAUGAGGUUUUACUGAUAAUGAAACUUCAGCAUAAAAAUCUUGUCCGGCUCUUAGGUUUCUGUGCUGAUGGAGAAGAAAAACUGCUUGUAUAUGAAUACAUGCCAAAUAGCAGCUUAGAUGUCAUCCUCUUUGAUUCAAUGAAACGUGCACAACUUGAUUGGACCAGACGUGUGAGCAUCAUUAGUGGAAUUGCAAGGGGAAUUCUCUACUUGCACGAGGAUUCUCGACUUAGAAUCAUCCACAGAGACUUGAAAGCUAGCAAUGUAUUACUGGACAAUGAGAUGAACCCAAAGAUCUCAGAUUUUGGCAUGGCAAGGAUCUUUGCAGGAAGUGAAGGACAAGCUAAUACUGCUACAAUAGUUGGGACUUAUGGAUAUAUGGCCCCGGAGUAUGCUAUGGAGGGACUGUACUCUGUCAAGUCCGAUGUUUAUGGCUUUGGAGUACUCUUGCUUGAGAUCAUAACUGGGAGAAGGAACACUGGCUUUCAUUUACUAAAACGUGCGCCUAGCCUCGUAACUUAUGCAUGGAAAUUAUGGGAUGAAGGAAAAGGGUUGGAGCUAAUUGAUCCGUCACUGGUUGGUUCAUGUGAUCCAGAAGAAUUCUUAAGAUAUCUCCACAUUGGUUUGUUGUGUGUUCAAGAAGAUGCAAAUGACAGGCCAACCAUGUCUUCUGCAGUCGUAAUGUUGAAAAGCGAAACUGUAAGUCUCACUCAACCUGAAAAACCCGCUUUCAACAUGGGAAGAUUCACUAAUCAGCAUACUGAGGGAGGUGCUGAUAGUUGCUCAAUUAAUGGAUUAACAGUUUCUAAUAUCAUGCCUCGGUAACGAAGUUGAUUCAUGGAUGGCAUGGAAAUUGUAAUGCACUGAUGCUUUGUCCUACCAGGCACAUAGUAUUUAAAUUGUGUAUUUGCUUUCUGUUGACUUUACUUGAUCUGUAAUCUGUAGUAAGUGCAAUUAUUUAAUACAGAGCCCUCAGAUUGUGAAUAUUAUCCCCAUGUAAAUUCCAAUCUUUGAA